AUAAAGGGUAUGGCCUAUCAAUGAUGGUAGAGAUAUUAUGUGGUAUAUUAAGUGGAGGUCUAUACGGGCCCACCAUUAAUGAACACAAAACAACAUUCGACCCAAUGAACCUGAGUCACUGUUUUAUAGCCAUAAACCCGGAGUGUUUUGCACCGGGAUUUGCUGAGCGAAUGCAAGACCUUAUGGACUCGUGUCGCAGUCAAGUGCCAGCCAGUGGUCAGUCCAGUGUUAUGGUGGCCGGGGAUCCCGAGAGGGAACACAUGAAACUGUGUGACUCCUUGGGUGGUAUACCCUAUCACGUCAAUCAAAUUAAAUUUGCGAAACACACAAUGAAUUACAUUCUCAUCGUAUGCCUACUGGGCGUAAGUGUGGGCCAACUGUGGGCCGACACGUGCACAAUGAGUACAUCCCAGCGCCAGGACUGUGGGGAUGUGAGCACCACAGCGACCAGUUGUACGGCUAAGGGGUGCUGUUGGCAGGUGACCACCGAGGCUGGUCGACCCAACUGUUUCUAUAUGAUUGCUGACUCCACUCCCGCCACCACCAGCGCACCCCCUCCAGCGCCCACUCCGGCUUCGAGUGGCAAAAAGGUGUUCAUACAUAUGAUGCCCUGGUUUGAGACAAAGGCCUCCAAUAACGGCCAAUGGGGUCAACACUGGACUAUGGCUAACAUGAAUCCCGAUAUCAUUCAAAGCAAUGGCGAGCGACAGAUAGCCUCCCAUUACUACCCACUCAUAGACCUGUACGCCUCGGGCGACCCCGACGUCAUAGACUGGCAGUUGGGUCUCAUGCGACUGUCCGGAGUAACCGGUGUCAUAAUUGACUGGCCAGGUAGCUAUAAUGCCCUCGACUACGCCAGAAACCGACAGAAUGCUGAGGCGAUCAUCGCCGGCACCCAACGGAAUGGCCUACAGUUUGCCAUCGACUACGAGGACCACAACCUAGCCUUGGCUAACGUGGCCGAUACGGUGGGUCAGGCCACUCAAGACAUGGAGUACCUGCAGAAUAACUAUUUCAGCAAGGCCAACUACGUCCGCAUCAAUGGCGCGCCACUACUCCUGGACUUUGGACCGCAAACCCUGGAGGGCUCGCAAUGGGAUCAGGCAUUCACACCCCUGAACCCCAAACCCCUUUUCCUUCCGCUGUGGUAUCAGAUCGGCGACUGCGGCACAUCCGGGAAGGGAGAGUACCCCUGGAUAUACAGCGACUUCAUGAGCGGUUUGCAGAACUUCUACUCCAACCAUCCCUUGCCCUUCAAGAUGGGUGUGGCCUAUCCCGGCUUCAACACCGACUACGCGGCCGGCGGUUGGGGCGGACCCACGUGGACCAUACCGGUGGGCACCGACACCUUCUCGCAGACCCUGAGCCUGGCCUUAGCCAACGCCGACUACAUACAGGUGGCCACUUGGAACGACUACGGGGAGGGCACUAUGGUUGAGCCCACCCGCGACUUUGGCUACAGUUUCCUCACUAUACUCCAGCAACAGUUGGGCUCCAAACAUACCCAGGCAGACCUCGAACAGCUCACCACUAUUUACAAUAGUAAAAAGGCUAACCAGGGCAACCAAGCACAAUUGGCUCUACUCGAAACGCAGCGUCUCGCACUUAUCAAUAGCUAA